AUGGCAGGUCUUAGAGGGCCAUCAGUUGACUUAGAACGUGGAAAGACGCCAGAACAACCAAGUCCAGCCGCGGUGAAAGGUCUUGGAUAUACCAGUGUCCAAGCUAAAGAUCCCCAUAGAAGCACAAAUUUAGGAAGCUUCUCUGUACAUAUGAUGUCGGGAAGCAGGCUUACAAAAAACCACAGCUUAACGUAACAAGCGACGUACUACCAACGGCAUACCAAUCGCCAGGUCCCAAUCCCAUGGAACGUGAUGCAAAUGCGCCACAAUUUUACACCCCUCCUCAAUCAGAACUGUUGAUUCCACCUGCUGCAGCAUACUACAGAUCGAAAACCCCUCAUUACAACCAGCAAUCCGACUAUGCCAUAGAAAGUAGAUUGCCGCAAAAGCAACGGAACAUCAGGUAUACGAACAAUGAUUAUGGUCAGGAAAGAGGACCUCGUCGGAAAACCGAGAGUGGCACUUGUAAAAAGGCUCUUAUAGUCCUGGGAAUCGUCCACCUUAUUGUUGCUAUUAUUAUUAUUGCUGUAAGAGUCAUCACCACCGAUGGAAGGUGA